AUGACUUCUUGGCAAGGGUGUAUCAACAAUUUCAUGAGAGAUGGGCUGUGCUGUGAUGCUGCGGUUAUCUCCGUAGCACAGCAGCAGGUCUUACGUGCCCACCAAGGUGGCAUCCUGGCCAGAAUGACCAAACCAGAAAUCCAAGCGCUCCUUGGCAGGAACAGAAACACACUCCUCACUCAGGGUUUGACUCUGGGUGGCCACAAAUGCCUGGUCAUACGUGACAAUUUGUAUACCGAUGCCCAACAGCAUACAAUGGACCUCCGGACCAAGGUCUACCACGAGGACAAGAAAGACAACUGCACCCAUGCCAUCGCUGUAGUCCUGGUUAAUCCAAUUUGCCUAAUCCUCAUUGGCAUGCAGGGAAUUCAGGGCGGGACCCUGAAUCUGAAAGCUUUCCAGACAGCAAAGUACAUCGAGGAGCAUUUACGCCAAUAA